AUGGCUUCCAACACGGUCCCUACCAAUACUCCGUCCCCGACGGCUGACCAACCCAACAAUGUUUCAUGGGAUGGCAAUCGGUUCUCGGUCCAUGUCAACAGCAUGUCCUUUGAACUCGGUACCUUGCCACUAUUUCCUUGGAACGAGCAUUCGGAAGUUGUCGUUCGAAUUGAACCCUACUUCGAUUCUCCUGACACACACCUUCCUCACAUGACCGACUUCAGACGGGCUGACUUUUACAUGCGACUUCUGGUGGGGAGAGCAAAACGUGUUGCGGAAGAAUUCAGACCCUUGUUGCAGGAUCGAAUCAACGAGGGUCAUGUACAGGUCUAUUUGGACUUCGGGGAGUGUUAG